CCCCCACCCUUGCUGCCGCUGCCCUGUGUCUCACGCCCCCAGAGAAGAGUUUGUCCGCCAGACAGCCGGUGAAGAGUUUUUUCCAAGUCACAUGAUCCAGGAUGCAGGGGGAAAAUCCUUCUUGGAACAGAGAUGGGCCCAGAACCGACGAUGAGGGGAGAUAAGGUGUGAUGCAGGGAAGACUAUAUAAAGCAUGGACCCAGGGCUGCAGCACGCACGCAGCCCGGGGACCCCCUGCCCAGACCCAGCCAUGCAUGUGCCUCCUGGCUCCGUGGCCAGCCACUUGGGAGGCACCAGCCGCAGCUACUUCUGCUUCACCACCGCCACACUGGCUCUGUGUCUCGUCUUCACGGUGGCAACCAUUAUGGUCCUGGUGGUUCAGAGGACGGACUCCAUUCCCAGCCCACCUGGAAACUCCCCCCAUAAAGGAGGAAACUGCUCGGAUGACCUCUUGUGCAUCCUGGAAAGGGCUCCAUUCAAGAAGUCAAGGGCCUACCUCAGAGUGUCAAAGCAUCUCAACAGCACCAAGAUUUCUUGGAACGAGGACGGCAUUCUCAGCGGAGUCAGAUACCAUGACGGGAACCUGGUGAUCCAGUUCCCAGGCUUGUACUUUGUCAUUUGCCAACUUCAGUUUCUAGUGCGGUGCUCCAAUCACUCUAUGGACCUGAAGCUGGAGCUUCUCAUCAACACAAAGGUCAAAAGACAGGCUACGGUGACAGUGUGCGAGUCUGGAAUACAAACUAAAACCAUAUACCAGAAUCUCUCACAGUUCCUGCUGGAUUACUUGCAAGCCAACACCACCAUAUCAGUCAUGGUGAACCAAUUCCAGUAUGUGGAUACAGACACCUUUCCUGUCGAGAAUGUGCUAUCCAUCUUCUUAUACAAUAGUUUCGACUGAACAGCAUCUUCAAGAAGCAAACAACUCUCUACUGAACAGUACUUCAUCUAUCCAAACACUGGGCCAAAAGAAAACGUUAGAGCAAGACUGAAACCACAAAUUAUAUUAAGUAGUAUAUUUCUGCAUCUCUUGGAAAGAUACAUAUCCAGGGUUUAAAAAGUGAAGUAUCUUUCAAAGCAAUAGUGUGGGAGUGCUAGAGUGUGGCAACAAAACCCUACAUGGGAAUCAGAAGAGAUGGGGCUGCCCCAGCCCAGCUACUAAUUCACUGUUGGACCUUGACCCAUUCUUCUUCAUUUGGUGCCCAGACCUGAAAAAUCUAAGGGACUAAGUUUGGAUCUCUCCAAAACCCCUUUCACCUCCCAACAUCUGUGAUCCAAGACUCCAGAGUUGUAGAAGCUCCCAACCAAAUGAAGGUCUGCCACAUCAAUAUAAAACAAAGGAUAUCAGGGACAAGUGGCUGGGCGUCACUGCAGUGGGUCAGAAUAUGGUGACAAAGCUCAGGAUGUCUUCCAGAGUGACCUUGUGUCUUCAGCAAAUUCUCUAUCCUUCUAUAAUGAUCAAGGUGAUGCUGUCAUUUGGCCAGGGACCAGCUGCCAUUCCCUGUAUGAGAUACAACUGUUCUCUGUGUCAAAUUCCUCUUGGGAAAUCAGUUCUGUGGGGGGGUUGUGAGUCCCCAACAAAGCUGUUGAUAGGCAAUCAUGGCUUCAAAAUGGCAGGAACAUCUACACAAUGGCGCCGUCCUAUCCUGACUAAGGCGGCUGUGAUUUGCCUAGUGACACCCAACUUGACACUCCCAUGUUAUCUCACAUCGUCUUUGAAGAAGCAAAUGACCUGCAGGACUGGGAUGAGCCCUGCCCAAGCCAUUUGGCUUAAAGUAUGAGCCCCUGAGGUUUUGUUUCAGGAAAAAAAGAGAGAGGCCCUCCACUGCUAGGCAAAA